UGGGUGUUGUAGCGCAACUUGUAGGAGACCUAUGUCCAACAGUGAAUCUCAAUAAAAAUUGCUUUAGAUGAGACUGAUUAUCUCAAACUGCAUUUAUUUUCAGAUUUUGUACAAAUGAUUAAGGAGGUAUGGAUUCUCAAAUGUCCAUCCGUACGUCACCGGAAAUUAAAUGAAAUCAUUCUUCAAAUUAUGUACGAGUAGCAACAAUUUUAAAGGCUUUUUCUUAAUUUUUGGCAACGUCACGGCCAUAGUCUUCCCACCCUUUUGUAUUGCCCAUUUGUAAAGAACUCUCCGUCCCAUCUGUCCCGAGACCAACUCACACCUGACCGAUUUCUUUAGCCGUAACUUAUUCUGUUACAAGUAAUAAAAUACACUGCGUUUGUUGCUUACGAAAUAAUUGUCGGCACGUUAUGCUCAUAAACAAUUUGCCGUUUCUGAUAAUUUGUGUUUGAGUGAAAUCAAUAUUACCUUGGUUACAGUAUUUUAUAUCAUAUAAAAGUUACCAGUUUCCAAAAACAUGUAUCAGUUCAUUCUUAGACUUAGAUACAUCACACAGUGAGCGAAACAAAAAUAAAUCUAUUCAAGAUGUACUUCAAGGUACCACAUUACAAGUAUUAAAUUCUAAAUUGCAACAGAAAUGUUAAUUUUGUUCUAAUAUCAUAGCGUUAAAUGUAUCUUUUGCAGGUAAUCUGCUUGCUGUCAGUAGCCGUUGUUUUAGUCUCCGGCCACGGAUACUCGUCGCAGUACAUCCACCGCCACGACGGCCACCACCAGCCUGUGCACCACGGACACCACCACGACUACUACACUCACCCCAAGUACGAGUUCGAGUACAAGGUGGAGGACUCGCACACCGGCGACCACAAGUCGCAGCACGAGCAUCGCGACGGUGACGUCGUCAAGGGACACUACUCGCUGCACGAACCUGACGGCUCCGUCAGGGACGUGCACUACCACGCUGAUCAUCAUUCCGGUUUCCACGCGGACGUGAAGCACAGCGUACACCACGUCGUACCUCAUCAUCAUCAUCAUCAUUACUGAUCAGUCAGCCUGUUGUAUUUUACUAUAUCUCCAAAAAUUGCUUUAAUUGUUUAGUGUUAUGUGAUGUUUAAUUGUUGUGUCCAAUAAAUAAGAUUUACUAACCAUAAAAUACAUUUGCUCAUUUUAUAUAAAACCGAACCCUACACCUUUUAAAGUGUUAAGCAGACAUAAACCGUAACCGCA